GCUCCGGAUCGUGUAUAUUCUAAAGGCGUAUAAGCGCAGGUGACGCAGUGAAUCGUGGCUAGUGAAUUAGCGACGAUAUAUAUCGACAUUAUAAAUCGAUAAGAUAAAUCGUUUCUGUUUCAUUGACAGUGAGGCUACUUUAAAGUUUGCAUCAAUGAAUGUGAGUAAAAGCAAUAUGCAGAAGAGUGCCGUGAAAAAAAGUAUUAAAAAAAAGCGGAAACAGUUUAUCAAGAAGUUUAUGAAUAAUAGUAAUUGGCACGAUGAGGACCUAUUGGCAUUCAUCGUUGAUGAAUUUGACGGCGAUGCCGAGAAUAUUAACUGGAUUUUAAAAACAGUUCUGGAAACCGAACGAUGGAAUUACCGGCUCGUUGAGGUGCUCAUGGAAAAUGGUGCUGAGUUGCAAGUACUCAAUGACUUGGGCCAAACGGCGAUUCAUUUAGCGGCUAAAAAAAAAAAUUGGUCAUUGUCAAACAUAUUGUUCAAUUAUUCUGGAAAUGAGAAUCUCAGCGACAAUCAGGGAUUCACUUACCUUCACGCAGCCUGUAUGACUAGUAAUGUUACGGUGGUACAGAAAUUUAUCGACGAAGGCGUGGAUGUGAAUCUGAUUUUCUUUGACAAUGGGAUUGUUAAAACCCCGUUAAGUUUAGCUAUAGAAGAUCAAGAUGCUGAUAUAGCAAAAUUACUAUUAAACAAUGGUGCCGAUUUAAAAUUAGUAGAUGAUAAUUGGGAUAAAUCGCCUCUACGUUGUCUUAAACGUGUAUAUGAACAUUGCGGAUAUUAUGAAUUAGAACCUCUGCAAGUUAUUGGAAAUCAUUUUCUCAGUAAUCUCGUGAAACACACCACGGAUAAGGAUGAAUUGGAAAAUCUUGGCGAUGACGAAGGAUUUACUUAUUUACACGCGGCCUGCAUGUAUGGCAAAAUCGAGAUUGUGCAAAAAUUCAUUGAUCAAAGAAUCGAUCUUGAUCUUAUUUGGUAUUCAUCCUGUGGCACUAAUGAAUCACCAUUGACUUUAGCUACUAAAUUUGAGCAGGUAGAGAUAAUGAAAGUGCUUUUGAAACACGGCGCUAAUCCUAGCAUAAGUCUUUUAAGAAAAAAUGUUCUGCACGUUUUUUUCCACUCAUUUAAUUUUGAUUCUGAACUUCUUGAGCUCCUCAUUGAUUACAAAUGCGACGUGAAUGCAAGAGACCAUGAAAAUCACACCCCACUGGCGCUUUGCUUGGACAAUAUAUUGAAUAUGAAUGAUAUGGAUUGGAACGAUGAAUCUACAGAAUUAAUGAAAACUGGACACAAAAAUUUAGAAAUUCUGCUCCAAAAUAAUGCCGAUCCAAACCAAGUUCUCGAUGAUGGCCAAACGUGUUUACACUUGGUAGUUUCUUCGAGCCGUUGUGGACCUAUAGAUUAUGAUACCGACGUCUAUUUACCUGAUCUAUACGAGAAUCUCAUGUAUAAAUGCUUGGAAAUGGUGAAGGUACUCUUGAAAUAUGGAGCCAAUCCAAACGUUAUUGAUAAUGAAGGUAAUUCGCCACUUUACUUGGCCGUAUUGCAGUACAACUAUCAUGUGGUUAAGGUACUUUUACAACAUGGAGCCGAUGUGCAAAGUGUUGAUCUCUCAAAAAAACCAAUAGAAUAUAAUCAAUCUAGCGAUUACUUAGAUCAAGUGUUCUCAUUUUUAUCUAUCCUCGAUCUAUUAAAAAGUAAAGGACACGAAUUAAACAGGCCAAGCGCUUUGGCCAUAUUGAAAUUGCUGAUCGACCCAGAUCGUUGCGACGAAUGUCAUCUCCCAAACAGCAAGUUUGAAACUAGAUUAAAGCUUGGUUUUCUGACGCACAUCCGGGUGUUUUUAAAAAACAUUCCCAGUAACUCUCUGGAGCGAUAUCUCUGUAGUGAUGUCCUUGAAAAAUAUCUAGAAAUUGUACAACAAGGGAAAAUGUAUAUUACGGAAGAAAUGAAGGAUUGCCUAAAACAAUGGCCACACACAACACGUAAUGAUCAAGCAAAAAAUGAUUAUUUUGCAGCGAUUUCGGAACAGAUUGAAUACGUAAAACAUUUGAUGAUAAAGGAUGGUGUAUCCCUUCUUGACGUUUGUGCAACUAGCCCAGAAAAAGGAUAUUAUUUGCUAAAAGAUUCAGACUUCUGGACCUUCUUCUAUUCAAAUGAAAAAGAAUUCAGUACAAUAUCUAACGUAAUAAAAGGGUACAUAAUUCAGUGCCUUAUGAGAAAACUUUUCGUGGAUAUUGGAUUCGAAUAUAUAAUACUAUUGACGCAGGGUAAUCUUCCUCUAUUAUGCUGUGAAAAAUUGAUUCAAUACUUGAACAAUGAAGAUAUUCUGUUGGAUAAGAUAAAUCGUUUUUGUUCCAUAGACAGUGAGGCUACUUUAAAGUUUGAAUCAAUGAAUGUGAGUAAAAGCAAUAUGCAGGAGAGUACCGUGAAAAAAAGUAUUGAAAAAAAGCGGAAACAGUUUAUCACGAAGUUCAUGGAGAAUCGUAAUUGGCACGACGAGGACCUAUUGGCAUUCAUCGUUGAUGAAUUUGACGGCGAUGCCGAGAAUAUUAACUGGAUUUUAAAAACAGUUCUGGAAACCGAACGAUGGAAUUACCGGCUCGUUGAGGUGCUCAUGGAAAAUGGUGCUGAGUUGCAAGUACUUAAUGACUUGGGCCAAACGGCGAUUCAUUUAGUGGUUAAAAAAAAAAAUUGGUCAUUGUCAAAAAUAUUGUUCGAUUAUUCUGGAAAUGAGAAUCUCAGCGACAAUCAGGGAUUCACUUACCUUCACGCAGCCUGUAUGACUAGUAAUGUUACGGUGGUACAGAAAUUUAUCGACCAAGGCGUGGACGUAAAUCUGAUUUUCUUUGACGAUGGGCUUGCCAAAACCCCGUUGAGUUUAGCUAUUGAAAAGUCCGAUGCAGUUACAGCAAAAUUACUAUUAAACAAUGGUGCCGAUUUAAAAUUAGUAGAUGAUAAUUGGUGUGAAGCGCCUCUUCGUUGUCUUAAACGUGUAUAUGAACAUUGCAGUUAUUAUGAAUUAGAACCUAUGCAAGUUAUUGGCAAUCAUUUUGUGAGUAAUCUCGUGAAACACACUACGGGUAAGGAUGAAUUAGAAAAUCUUGGAGAUGACGAAGGAUUUACUUAUUUACACGCGGCUUGCAUGUAUGGCAACAUCGAGAUUGUACAACAAUUCAUUGAUCAAAAAAUCGAUCUUGAUCUUAUUUGGUAUUCAUCCUGUGGCACCAAUGAAUCACCAUUGACUUUAGCUACUAAAUUUAAGGAAGUAGAGAUAAUAAAAGUGCUUUUGGAACAUGGCGCUAAUCCCAGCAUAAGUCUUUUAAGAAAAAACCUUCUGCACGUUUUUUUCCACUCGUUUAAUUCUGAUUCUGAACUUCUUGAGCUUCUCAUUGAUUACAAAUGCGACGUGAAUGAAAGAAACCAUGAAAAUAGCACGCCAAUAAUGCUUUGCUUGGAUAAUAUAUUGGAUAUGAGUUAUAUAGAUUGGAUCGAUGAACCUACAGAAUUAAUGAAAAUUGGACACAAAAAUUUAGAAAUUCUGCUCCAAAAUAAUGCCGAUCCAAACCAAGUUCUCGAUGAUGGCCAAACGUGUUUACACUUGGUGAGCCAUUGUGGACCUAUAGAUUAUGAUCCCGGCGUCUGUUUACCUGAUCUAUACAAGAAUCUAAUGUAUAACUGCUUGGAAAUGGUUAAGUUACUCUUGAAAUAUGGAGCCAAUCCGAACGUCAUUGAUAAAGAAGGUAAUUCGCCACUUUACUUGGCCGUAUUGCAAUAUAACUAUGAUGUGGUCAAGGUACUUUUACAACAUGGAGCCGAUGUGCAAAGUGUUGAUCUCUCGAAAAAAUCAUUAGAGUAUAAUAACUACAAAGAUUACUUGGAUCAAGUGUUUUCACUUUUAUCCAUCCUUGAUCUUUUAAAGAGUAAAGGUCAUAAAAUGAUUGGAUCAAGUGAUUUGACCAUAUUAAAAUUUUUGAUCGAUCCAGGGUUUGAUGACGAAGAUUAUAAGUCAUACACAUUUGAAGCUACAUUAAAAUUCGGUUCUUUGACGCAGAUCCGUGCUCUUUUAAAUAAAAUUUCUAGCGACUCUCCGGACCUACACCUCUAUAGUAAUGAUCUUCAAAAUCAUCUAGAAAUUAUACAAAAAGGGAAAAUGUAUAUUACGGAAGAAAUGAAGGAUUGCCUGAUACAAUGGUCGGACACGUAUCCUAUUGAACAAGUAGAAGAUUUUUAUGCAAAAAUUUCGGAACAGAUUGAAUACGUGAAAAAUCUGAUGAUAAAGGAUGGUGUGUCCCUACUCGAUGUUUGUGCAACUAGCCCAGAAAAUGGAUAUUACUUAUUGCAAAAUUCAGAAUUUAUGACAGUCUUCGAUUUAAAUAGAAAAGAAUUCAGCUCAAUAUCAAGGACAAUAAAAGGUUACAUAAUUAAAUGCUGUAUGAGAAAACUCUUCGUAGACAUUGGCCUGGAAUACCUGAUAUUGCUGAUGCAGGGCAAUCUUCCUGUAUUGUUUUGCGAACAGGUUAUUCAGUAUAUGAGCAAUGAAGAUAUCCUUUCGAUGUGUAUAAGCGUCGAUGAAUUUGAAAAUUAAAAUAUCAUUAUUGUGAUUAAAA